AUUCUCACUCACCUCACUUGUCAGCCCUUCGUUUUUGCUGUCCUGAGAAGCGCCCAUCUUUCUUAUUAUUUUCCAACCUCUAAUUUCCUUUUCCAGUUCCAUCUCGACGCAGACAACGAAGCAUGUUGCUCUUCUUAAAUUGAGCUUCAAUCGUGGCAUAUACCAAGAACCUUGCGCUCGCUCUUCCACCAAACUCAGGCUCAAACUAGGGCCCUCAAUCCUCUUUAACGUCUUUUAUAUUCUACCGCGCUAUUGUUCUCUCCCAUUAACCAUGGAUCUCGCGAAUACCCUCAUCCGGACCGUCGUUCGCGCUUUCUACGAGACCCGCCACAUCCUCGUGGUUGAUGCGCUCUUUAUUCAUUCGGUACUUCAUGCCGAGGAUCUUGCCUUUCUUCUUGGGAUGCAACAGAAAGACCUCCGGAAGCUUUGCGCCAAACUGCGCGAGGACCGUUUGAUCGCAGUAAAUUCACGAGCUGAAAUUCGCGAUGGUUCGACUCGCCCCGUUAACCGCGACUACUACUACAUCCCCUUGCAUCCUGUCAUCGACGCCGUGAAAUACAAGGUCUCCAAGCUGACUUCGAAUAUUAAGCUCCAAUACACUCCGAGCGAGGAGAGGAAAGAAUAUAUUUGCCGGAGGUGCGGUACAGAAUGGACUGAGCUGGACGUCCUAAGUCUAUAUUCGGACGAGGGUUUCUUAUGUCAGAACUGCGGAUAUGUCCUUGAAAGGACGGAAGAUGUGAAAGGGACUGAAGGCAUCGAUCGCACGGGUCACGAGAAAAAUAGCAAACUCAUGGCCCAACUUGACAACAUGUUGAAGCUACUCAAGCAGAUCGACUCUGUUGAGAUCCCUCCGAACGAUUUUGACACAGCCUGGGACCAUAAGAUUGAUGUGGUCCGGAAUCAGCAGACACACCCCACGCGGGCUGCCGUCGUUGUGCCAUCUAACAAGCAGGAAGCGGUUCGUGGAAACACGAAGACAGAUUCAGCCGCACUUGAGAUCUCUCUCACAUCUACCGAAGAAAAGACUGCCGCUGAACAGGCAGAGGAAGCUGCACGGAAAGCCGCUGUUGAAAAACAGAAUGCUCUUCCCGUAUGGCACACACACUCAACUGUUUCUACAGGUGCCGGAAAUAUGUCCAACAUCAAGAGUGAAACCGACUUGGACGUCAAGCCAGAAAUCAAGGAUGAGGACGAGCAGAAACCUAACGUUGCCCUCGACGAUAAGGUCGCUGCUUAUUACGCUGAAAUGGCUAGAGAGAAGGCCCUUCAGGAACAGGAGGACGAGGAAGAGUCGGACGAAUUCGACGAGGAAUUUGAAGAUGUCGGCGGCGUCUCCGGCAGUGGCUCGGCCACCCCAGCUGUUGGCGCUCCCACCAGCACACCGGGUCCCGCCUCUGUUAGUAUUAAGCGUGAGCUUGACACGGACUCUGGAACUAGCGCCCCCCAAACAGCCGCAGCAACACCUUCCACUGCUACCGAUGAAGGACCGGCAGCAAAGAAGGUCAAGGUCGAACCGGAAGUGAAAAAGGAGGAGUCAGAUGAGGAUGACGAAGAAGAAUUUGAGGAUGUUUAGAAGGCUUUGGGAUUAUUCCUAACCCUGUGUCUCUCUAACAGUGCAACACAAGGGGAUCGGCGCUGGCGCCAAAGAAAAAAAGAACACACCAAAGAAAGGGAGCAUUAUCACGAGGUGAUGAACACAUCAAACAUACUAUUGGACGUGUUAUCUAUUGAAUUUUGGACUGGGCUCUUUGUCUCUGGCUGUCCUUUUUCUCUGUACUUAUAUUAUUUACACCAUUAGUUUUCUUUUGGCCCCCACAGCCCAGUGGGUUGGCUCAACUAGAUAUAAACUUGUAUGAAUACAGAUUUUUCAUUCC